AUGGACUUUUUCGGGAUAUCGGGACCGAUAUUCGAGUUAGAUCCACUAUCGCAACAUCUUUUCGCUUUGGAGUUUUUGCGACCUGUUUUUACGUCCGGUAAAUUAAAGGAGAUGUUUUCUUUAAUAUCACAGUGCUCCGAUCGACUUGAACAAUACAUAGAAACAUUAGCAAGCAAAAACGAGCCUGUAGAAUGUCGCAAAUUGACGGCCAAGUAUACGACCGAUGUAAUAGGUACUUGCGCCUUCGGCAUUGAGAUGAAUGCUAUGUCAGACGAAGACAGCGAAUUCCGCAAGAUGGGAAGAUUGGUCUUUGUGCCAACUUGGGAGAAUAUUCUACGGGCGAAAUUCAAACAAUUUCUGCCAUGGCUUUGCGAUAUUCUCAGUUACAUCCUACCAAAAAUAGAGGUCAACAAAUUUUUCACACGCAUUGUCAUAGAGACCAUGACCUAUAGAGAUGCGAAUAAUAUUGUUAGGCACGAUUUCAUUGAUAUAUUGCGCGAAUUAAAAAAACAUCCAGAUAAAGUGAAUAAUAUCGAUUUGACCGAAAUCUUGAUAGCUGCUCAAGCAUUCAUAUUUUUCAUUGCCGGCUUUGAAACUUUAUCGACGACCAUGAGUAACGCUCUUUACGAGUUGGCAUUAAAUCAGGAAAUACAAGACAAGCUACGUGAGGAAAUUAAUGAAGAAUAUAUCAGACAUAAUGACAAUUUUACGUAUGAGAACAUUAAAAAAAUGAAUUAUUUGGAUAAAAUUUUUAAAGAAACUUUACGAAAAUACCCGCCGGUACCACAGCUUACAAGAAAAACGACGUCGAAUUAUACUUUUGGUGGUAUCAAAGUUAAUAUACCAAAAGAUCAGGACAUAUGGAUUCCCAUUUACUCGAUUCAACGAGAUCCUGAUAUUUAUCCGAAGCCAGAUGUGUUUGAUCCAGAAAGAUUUAAUGACGAAGUUGUGCAAACCAGGCACCCGAUGUUUUAUCUCCCUUUCGAUGACGGACCAAGGAAUUGUAUUGGUGCCCGCUUCGCUGUUUAUCAGACAAAGAUUGGGCUUAUAAAGAUAUUGCGAAACUAUAAAGUCGAAACUUGCGAAAAAACGCCAAUACCAUACGUAAACGAUGCUAGGACGUUUAUAUUAACACCAUUAGGUGGAAUAUAUUUGAAAAUGAUUAAAAUCCAUUGAUAUUAGUUUACGCUCAGUCUUUUCUCUCAAAAAACGUGCGUCAAAAAAGUGAAGAAAAUAUUCAUAAAAGAGAAUAAUAAUUGCCGAAAGCUUGAUAGCUGCUCACGCAUUCAUAUUUUUCGUUGCCGGCUUUGAAACUUCAUCGACGACCAUGAGUAACGCUCUUUACGAGUUGGCAUUAAAUUAGAAACUACUUUAAUUGAAUUAUUAUUAUUUUAUUAAUAUCUAUAGUAGUAAUAUUAUUUCGUGACUAUAUUAAUUUAUUAAUAAUUCGGAUUAAUUAUCUUAAAUUUAUAUUCUUACAUGUAUGAUAGAAAGAUAGCUAUAUUUUUUCUUCUGCUGAGUUAAUGAGAACGUGUAAAAAUAGAGAAUAAGCAACAUAUAAAGUGUUUAUAAAUUUUCGAUAUUUUUAACAUUGUUAAAUAAUAUACAUAAACAUUAUUUUUGUAUAUCC